CAGACUAAGAUAUAUAUGUAAAUGCUUCUGUGGAUUUCUUACUCAUGCAGAUUUGGCAACACAUUUGAGUUUCUGUAUUCAUUUCUAUUGUCUAUGUAUGGUCUCCCCUUUUUAUAAGGUUUUAAAAGAUGAAUUUCUCAACUUUGUUCGAUUUAUGAUAAACUUUUAUGCUGGAGAAAAAAACUAAGCAAUGGUACAAAAAAAAACUAAACAAGAUAAGUGCGUGCUAUUUUUCUUUGUUGUUAUACAUUAUUCUAAUUAAUUCAAUAAUUUACAAGUUUUUUCUUUUUAUAACAACACUACUACUACUACUACUACUAAUAAUAAUAAUAAUAAUAAUAAUAAUAAUAAUUGUUAUAGUGUUAUUAGCUACUACUACACUGAUGUAACCAAUGAACUGGUGAUUCAGUGUAUAUUCACAUAGAGUAUACACCAGUCAGGAAUAACAUCAUGACCACCUGCUUAAUAUUGUGUUGUUACCCCUUUUGCUGCCAAAACAGCCCUGACCCAUCAUACACUGUGUAUUCUGACACCUUUCUAUCAGAACCAGCAUUAACUUCUUCUGCAACAGUAGUUGUAAUUUGAGCAACAGUAGUUCGUCUGUUGGAUCGGAUCACACGGGCCAGCCUUCACUCCCCACGUGCAUCAAUGAGCCUUGGCCACCCAUGACCCUGUCACCGGUUCACCACUGUUCCUUCCUUGGACCACUUUUGAUAGAUGGCACUAACACUAACAGGUGCCAUGAUGAGGAGAUAAUCAGUGUUAUUCACUUCACCUGUUAAAUAUACAGAGCUAGCAGGUCUACUGGUGAAUCAGCCUCAUAAAAGAGUUGAAGGUAUUUAUCGCCCCCUAGUGGGCAGAUUGGCGUUUCCAUGGUAAUCCAGUGUCAACAUCCCGAGUUGGUGAGCGUGCGCUUUCAGGAUGUCAGAGAUGUCUGCGCUGAGCAGGAAGCUAAUUCAAAACUUGGCUGAAACUCUGUCUAAACAAGUUAAACACUUUAAUAAAACUGAAGCAGAGUGCCUGAUCCAGCUGUUUAACACACUGCUCGGAGAACAGACAGAGAGGAAAGCACCUAAUGGACUGGACCGGGGCAAAUUCCGUAACAUCCUGCACAACACCUUCGGACUGACCGACGACAUGAUUAUGGACCGAGUUUUUCGCGCCUUUGACAAGGACAACGAUAGCUACAUCAGUGUUAAAGAGUGGAUAGAAGGACUAGCGGUCUUCCUCCGAGGGACACUGAAUGAGAAAAUAAAAUUCUGUUUUGAUGUGUACGACCUGAACGGGGACGGCUACAUAUCUCGGGAGGAAAUGUUCCACAUGCUGAAAAGUAGCCUGAUCAGACAGCUGACUGAGGAAGACCCUGAUGAAGGAAUUAAGGACCUUGUUGAAAUAAUACUAAAGAAAAUGGAUUACGACCACGACGGCAGACUUUCAUAUUCGGACUUCGAAAAGGCUGUGAGGGAGGAAAAUCUGUUAUUAGAGGCUUUUGGAUCUUGUCUUCCUGAAGCAAAGUGUAUACAAGCAUUCGAGCAGCAUGCAUUCCAGGAUACGCCAAGUCCCUGAAUCACUGAAAUAACUUCACAACAAGGUUGUUCAGCUCCUGUGUGUUACUCUGUAUGAAUUGUAUUUAAAUGUGAUUAAAUUCGUCUUC